AUGCGUCGUUUUUGGUGUCUCCUCUUCCUAUCCCCUCUCCUAUUUGCCGCCGUUUCCGCUGAAUUCGAUGAUGAUGAAGGCGAAGUCGCGCAAACAUUCAUCGUUAGAGUCGAGAAUGAGUUGAAACCCUCAGCUUUCUCCGAUGUAGAACGUUGGUACAAAUCCACUCUUCGUAACCUAGAUUCAAACCCUAUCUCCGAUUCUGAAGGAAUCGGAGAAUCUAGUGAAUUUCUUCAUAUUUACCAAACUGUUUUCCAUGGAUUCUCCGUGAAAUUAACUCCAAAAUUAGCUCAACGGCUUCAAAAACGGCAGGAAAUCGUCGCGAUCUUCCCCGAUCGCGUGCGGCAGCUGCAAACGACGCGCUCGCCGCGAUUCUUAGGCCUAUCCAACACCAAUCCCGGCGGUUUGCUCACGGAAUCCGACUCCGGCGCCAAUGUUGUUAUCGGAGUCCUCGACACCGGAAUUUGGCCGGAGCACCGUAGCUUCCACGACGAAGGCCUCGGCCCGAUACCUUCCAAUUGGCGAGGCGAGUGCGUCGAAGGAGACAAUUUCACAAAAAAUCACUGCAACCGGAAGAUCAUCGGCGCUCGGUACUUCUCAGACGGCUACGAGGCGCGGAGGGGGAAGAUUAAUUCAUCGGAAGAAUUGAAAUCGGCUAGGGAUACGAACGGCCACGGCACGCACACGGCAUCGACCGCCGCCGGAAGAGCCGUUGGAAACGCCUCUCUCUUCGGCUACGCCGCCGGCGUCGCCGUCGGGAUGGCGCCAAAGGCGCGGAUCGCGGUGUAUAAGAUCUGCUGGCAGUACGGAUGCAUGGAUUCGGAUAUCCUCGCCGCGUUCGACCAGGCUGCGAGGGACGGCGUGAAUGUGAUCUCCAUCUCCGUCGGUGGCGGCGUAGUGCCCUACUACCUCGAUCCGAUGGCGAUCGGCGCGUUUGGAGCUAUGGAGAAGGGGAUUUUGGUCUCCGCCGCCGCGGGUAACGACGGCCCUACUAAACUCACCGUCAGUAACGUUUCCCCGUGGAUGAUGACUGUUGGUGCUAGCACAAUCGAUAGGACAUUCCCCGCUGAUCUCGUGCUCGGGAAUGGGCGGGUGAUCACAGGCGUGUCACUCUAUAGUGGCCCACCCCUCCCCAAAAAGACCUUUUUGCCCUUGAUUUACGCCGGAAAUGCUUCAAUCGGCGGAGACGCCACAAAACGCGCCGGGAGUUUCUCCUCUGACACCUGCCUUGACGGAUCCCUCGACGAGAACGCCGUGCGCGGGAAGAUCGUGGUGUGCGAUCGCGGCGGCAAUUCUCGGGUGGCGAAGGGCGCCGUCGUGAGAAAAGCCGGCGGUGUUGGUGUGGUGGUGGCAAAUGUUGCGCCGAUCGGGGAAGGCCUCAUCGCCGACCCGCUCGUGUUGCCCGGCCUCGCCGUUACGGAAUCCGCGGGAAAAUCAAUCCGCGAUUACAUAAACUCGAGCCCUAACCCUAGGGCGACGAUAGCGUUUCGCGGCACUAAAUUGGGGGUGAAGCCGGCGCCGGUGGUGGCGUCGUUCUCAGCUAGGGGUCCGAACAUCGAUUCACCGUACAUUCUCAAACCAGACGUGAUCGCGCCGGGAGUCAACAUCCUGGCGGCGUGGCCGGCCGGAUCAUCGCCGAGCGAGCUCGCCGACGAUCCGCGGCGGACCGAAUUCAACGUGGCGUCGGGGACGUCGAUGUCCUGCCCGCACGCCUCCGGCGUGGCGGCGCUGCUCAAAGGUGCACACGCCGACUGGUCGCCGGCCAUGAUCCGGUCGGCGAUGAUGACGACGGCGUACAGCCGGUACAGAGACGGCAAGCCGCUGCUGGAUGAGCAAUCGUAUAAUAUCUCCACUGUGUGGGAUAUCGGCGCCGGACACGUGGACCCACAGAGAGCCGUUGAUCCCGGCCUCGUGUAUGAUCUGACGGUUGCUGAUUAUUUGAACUUUCUAUGUGCGUCGAAUUUCAGUGGUGAUGAAAUAAGGCGCAUUUAUCGAAAGAGAUAUAGCUGUGGUAGAAAACAGCUGAAGCCGUGGGAUGUAAAUUAUCCGGCAAUUGUGGUUCAGUUUGAGGCGGCGGCGGGCGGUGAUCUUGAGGUUGUAGUUACUAGAACGGUGACGUAUGUUGGUGACCGCGCGGCGAGGUUUGUGGCUGCGGUGACGAGUCCGAGAGGGGUGAGUGUGACAGUGACGCCAGCGGUGAUGAGGUUUAGGGCGAAGGGUGAGAAGAGGAGUUAUAGGGUGAGGAUAAAGGCCGAGAAGAUGGCGUUGAGGCCGGGGACUGCUUUGUGGGAGCAGGGGAAGGUGGUGUGGUCGGACGGGAGGAGGCAGGUGUCGUCGCCGCUGGUGGUGAUGUGGAGUCGUUUGUUUGACCGCGGUGGAUGA